AUGAAGGCCAUAGUAAUGGAUGGAGAGCCUGGCAAGGCAUCUCUGGUCACUGACCGGCCUUAUCCUAAGCCGAGACCGGGUUAUAUUCUUGCCGACGUGAAGGCCGUCGCACUGAAUCCCACAGACUGGAAGCACAUUGACAAAAUCAACACGAAAGGCUGCCUGGCAGGAUGUGACUGGGCCGGCGUGGUUGCAGAAACAGGCACCGGAUAUGAGACACCUUGGAAAGUUGGAGAUCGGAUUGCCGGGUUCGCGCACGGCGGCAACUCGCUGCAGCCCGAGGACGGGGCGUUUGCAGAGAGAAUCGCGGUCAAGGCCGACCUUCAACUGCAUCCGCCAGCGAACAUGUCGUUCGAAGACGCCGCAACGCUAGGCGUGGGUGUGGUCACCUGCGGACAGGGACUGUUUCAGAAGAUCGGGUUGAACUGGCCGACUGACCCGUCGACAAAGGGAGAGUUCGUGUUCAUCUAUGGUGGAAGCUCGGCGACUGGUACUCUAGGCAUCCAGUUCGCGAAGCUGGCGGGGUAUCGAGUCAUCACCACUUGUUCGCCACGAAACUUCGAUCUGGUCAAGUCCCUGGGAGCUGAGGCUGCCUUCGACUACAAUGACCCCGAAGUCACAACCAAGAUCAACGAAUAUACCAAAGGGGAACUCAACUACGUGUGGGACACGAUCGCUCUGCCGAAGACUGCAAAGAUUUGUUCGGAGGUGAUUUCGUCUGGUGGCAGAUACGGCUCUAUCUUGAAGGUCGACUUCCCACGCAAAGACGUCACGACAACAAUGACCAUGGGAUAUACGGCGACUGGGGAGCCUACAGAUAAACCAAUGUUCAAAAGCUCGGCUAACGAGGGUGAUUUCGAGUUCAUGAAGAAGUGGGUCAGGGCUGUCGAACCUCUUCUUGCGGAAGGCAAGUUAAAGGUUCACCCGCCCAAGGUGGGCAAAGGUUUAGAAGGAGUCCUGGAAGGUCUCGAUCUGCUGAGAAAGGACAAAGUCAGCGGGCAGAAGCUGGUGUACACUCUGUAA